UCUCUCUCUCUCUCUCUCUCUCGCUCUAUUCAACCGGCUGUAUUGGCAUGGAAAACAUAUGUUUACAUUGCCAAAGCAAGUCUGCCUCUCUCUCUCGCUCUCAGUUCUUUUCUCCUUUGCCUUUGCUCCUCAGCAUCCACUUCUGAUGCCGUGUGUCUGUGCUGUUGGGGCGACCGGAGCCUAACGCGCAGGGCCCUUCACCCGAUUCGCUGCACCUUCCCUGGGUCUCUAUCUCUUCCACUUCCCCCUGCCUGUCAGCCUGCUUGGAUACCUCCCCCACCCCCCGUAGGGAGAAACGACAGUCUGCUUCACUGGGGAGCCGUUCUGGAAUUAGCAAUGCCCAAUCCCGGCAUCCUUUAGCCACUUGGAAUAUCUCGGAUUUCUACAUCCGUCCGUCUGUCUCGCUAUCCAUCUGUCUCCGGUCUCCCUCCAUCCGUGGCGGGGGACAGAGGAAUGAACAUCAGCAACUAUGAUACAAGGACUGAAGAAACGCACCAGGAAGGCCUUUGGGUUACGAAAGAAAGAGAAGGACACAGACUCCACGGGCUCCCCUGACAAAGAUGGAGUAAGUAGGAGAAAGAAAAACACCAACGGGGCUCCAAAUGGCUAUUAUGGGGAGAUUGAUUUGGACCGAUAUGCCGCUCCAGAUGUGGACGCUGAUGGCUUCAGUCUCAGACCCGGAGAGGAGAGAGAAACAGCUCCCAAAGGCAAGCAGCACUUCUCCUCCAGCGACACUGAGGAUGAGGACGACAACAGGAAAUUCAAGAUUAAGAUCAAGCCGUUGCCCUCCGACACUGCCAAGUGUGCCAUCCCCUCCAUGGAUGAACUGAAAGCUUCCGUUGGAGGUUUGGCUCUGUCUCCCUCUUUGAGGAGAAGUCCGAGACGCAGCCCGGGCUCAAUAAAGAGACACCUGUCUUGUGAGGAGAUCGCCAGACCCAGACGCUCCACCCCUACGCCAAGCCCCGCCCCCGAGACACAAAGUGAGAGAGUAUCCCAGAAUCGCAGAGCAUCCCCAGCUUUCUUCGGGCCUCCUCAUGAGACGACCUAUGAGACACACAGAUACGAUAGUAACAGAAACGAUGGUGAGGAGAUCGCCAGACCCAGACGCUCCACCCCUACACCAAGACCCGCCCCCGAGACACAAAGUGAGAGAGUAUCCCAGAAUCGCAGAGCAUCCCCAGCUUUCUUCGGGCCUCCUCAUGAGACGACCUAUGAGACACACAGAUACGAUAGUAACAGAAAUGAUGUAGUCUGUAUAGAGGCUGAUGCAUGGUGUGACUCCAGACCAGACUGUGACUCCCCUUUGACCAGAAACUUUCCCACAGGAGCUCCUCCUCCACUUCCUCCCAAGAACAUCCAAGCAGCUAGUCAAGGCUAUUCUUCGUCUGAUUCUUCCGUUGAUUUACACAAUGGGAGAAUAGUAUCAAGCCCCGCCCCCAUCUACCUGAACGUCCAAUCCCCAGCCUCAUACAGAGGUUCCCCCGUGCCUGACCUGGAAGAUGUGUUCGGCCCCAUGGAAUCCUGCCGGAUCAAUGAGGGCAGGGCCUCGCCCCGAUGGGUCAGCUUCAACAGUGAGAGACCACCCCCACCAGAAGAACCGGCCCCGCCUCCGCCCCCUGCCUAUCCUCCUCCUGACUCGCCCAACUCCCUCUCUUCCACCCCAGACUCCCCCUGCCUCUCCCGGGCCCUCCUCCGGAUGAGCCUCCCCCUCCCCGCCGCCCCUUUUCCUCUCCCCCGACUCGCCCAUCUCCAUCAUCUCCAUUCCCCCUCCAGAUGAACCCGUUCCCCCCUGCCUCCAGACUUCUUGCCCCCAGACUCCCCGCCAUGCAUCGCCAUCAAUCCUAGUCUGUUUUUGGAUGAUGAUGAGAUACUGGAGUACUCCCAUGCUCCCUCUUCCCCUGCUGCCCCACUGGAAUACUCCCCUGCCCCUACUAGUCCCAUCCCUCCCCCCCUGCCUGCGGAGCGCUCCCUUCGGGCAGGCAUCCCUUCCCCUCUGGUGUUCCUUAGGGAGGAGCAGCCUGACUUUAUGUCCUGGCCCCUGGUGCUGACCCCGGGCUUCAGGGGUGUGCCGUCCCCCCUCCUCCCGCCCGCCUACAGGCCCAUGGUGUCUUCCCCCGGACCCUGCCCAGGCAGUGGUCCCUCCUCUCCACCUCGCCCUGCCACGCCCCUGUCAGGAGGUAGUCCAGUCCCUCCCCCUCUUCCUACAAGGCCCUCCUCUCGACCCAAACUACCCCCUGGGAAACCAAUGGGAGACCUGGCUCGGCCCUUCAGCCCCCAGUCUCCGGCAGCCCCCUCCCUUCGCCCCCUGGCCCGAGCCGAGAGUUCCUCCUCCAUCACCUUGCUGAGUGCAGCCUCCACCCCCACCCUGGGGAGAGAGCUCAACAUAUCCACUACAGGAUGCUCCAGAGGACCCAGCCCACUGACCAUGGGAGCCCAGGACACUCUGCCUGUGGCGGCUGCCUUCACUGAGACCAUCAACGCCUAUUUCAAAGGAGCCGACCCCAGCAAGUGUGUGGUGAAGAUCACUGGGGAGAUGGUGCUGUCUUUCCCAGCAGGCAUCACCAGACACUUUGCCAGCCAUCCGUCUGCCCCUGUGCUCACCUUCAGCAUCAGUAACUACUGUCGGCUAGAGCAGGUCCUCCCCAAUCCACACCUACUGUGCUGUGACACCACCAUGUCCAAUGUGGACACCAAGGAGUUCUGGGUAAAUAUGCCAAACCUGAUGAGUCACCUGAGGAGAGUGGCUGACCAGAAGCCUCAAGCAACCUACUACAAUGUGGACAUGAUCAAAUAUCAGGUAGCAGCUGAGGGGAUCCAGUCUACUCCCCUGAACCUGGCGGUGAGUUGGCGUGGCGACACCACCAGCACGGACCUCAGAAUAGACUACAAAUACAACAUGGAGGCCAUGGCCGCAGCCCCCUCCCCCCUCCACAACAUCCACUUCCUGGUCCCUGUGGACGGGGGCGUGGCCAAACUCCAAGCCAUGAUCCCCACUGCCACCUGGAACCCAGAACAGCAGAACAUUCUAUGGAAGAUAUCAAGCCUUUCCCAAAGGUCUGAAAAUGGAGGAGUGGGGGCUCUACUGGGUAGGUUCCAGUUGACAGAGGGUCCCAGUAAGCCGUCCCAGUUGGCGGUGCAGUUCACCAGCGAGGGCAGCACUCUGUCAGGCUGUGACAUCCAGCUGAUGGGGCCUGGCUACAGGCUCUCGCUGGUCAAAAAGAGAUUUGCAGCAGGGAAAUAUCUGGCGGACAACUAGUCACCACUGUUGUAAAAUGAAACCCUUUCAACCAUACGAUGGCUUUUGCCUGUGAGGAUGAUGAGAGACUUUUUAUGGAUUCUUCAUUCGAUACAAGUUACCAACUGAGAAACGUCUGAAACCUAACGCUUGAGCAGGGAGGGGUAACUGAUGACAUAGCAGCAACAACAGGAUGUGAUGUAAUACGCACUGUCCACCAGGGUUCACCAGGGUAUUGCUUUAUGUUUUAACACACUCAAAUACAGUAGUCGCACUGUUGGAGUUUAUGCAAGUAGUCACUGUUUUUUUUCUCGUUUUGUGCACCUUGAGGGUUGUUGAGGUCAAUUGUAAAAUCUUUUGUCUGUAAUGUUUUCGUUAUGUGUCGGACCCCAGUAAGACUAGCUGUCACCAUUGGCGUCGGCUAUUGGGCAUCCUAAUCAAUAAAACAUUUAGAAAUCAUAAUGAAAGAUAAUGGAUUCGACACAUUUACUCCCAUUUAGCAAAGUCAAUUAUCAUUGGCAGCACAUACAGUAAUCCAGCCGUAUCUGUGAGAAGAAUUCUAUGUGAAUGGGUGAUGGAUGGAAGAUGCACUGGACAGAUUUAUGUGAAUAGAUAGACACUGUUGUCAUUCAUUGAUAAUUCAAUUGAUUAUGACAAGAACAAUUGAUUAUGACAUAACAAUUGAUUAUGACCAGAACUCCACGUGCAGGGUUAGGAUGACAUUUGGAUGUUUUUCUUUUAUUUAUUGGGUUGAUUCAACUGAUAUGGUACCAGCUGGUACUGCACCAGCACGUUGAGGCCCACAACUUGGAGUUAACGUACAGACAGCGUUAUUAUGUAUGUGGUGGUUGUGUGUUUUGCUGGGAGGUCAAGUGGUUCAUGUAAUGUAAUGGUUCAUAUUGUUUUCCUGAUUUGUGGAUGACAAAAACAAAGCAGUUGACCUUACAGGCUGAAUAGCAGAGUUGCCUUGGACCAGAUUACAUUUCCUUCUGAAUUCUGUUUGUCCCUUAGAGUUGUGUCCAGGAGUCCUAAUCAAGAAUAACUGGUUGAAAUGACAUCUUUACAACUGGUUAGGGUGGCAGGUAGCUUAGCGGUUAAGUGUGUUGGGCCAGUAACUGAAAAGUCACUGGUUUGAAUCCCAAGUCAACUAGGUGGAAAAUCUGCAGAUGUGCCCUUGAGCAAGGCACUUAACCCUAAUUUCUCCUGUAAGUUGCUCUGGAUAAGAGCAUCUGCUAAGUGACUAAAAUGUAAAUGCUAGAAUUACAUCAAUUACUGGUUAGAAGUAGGUCUUUAUGAGGUCAUUUCAACCAGUUUUGCCCGCUGGGAAGUAUAACUGGGGGACAUCAAAGAAGAUGGAAAAGUGCUUCAAGAAUGAUUUAUCUAAAAUAUAAUAAUAAUGAAUAUUCAACGGAAGCCCCUAAUGUUAUGUUUCUUGUUUUUCCACCAUGUGGAGUUAAUAGAUGUUUUAUCAUUUUCUAAUAGCAGUAUAUUGAAAAUCUAUUUGUAAAAAAAAGUGUAAAUAUGAAAGAAGCUUCUUCAUAUAUCCCUUUGGACAUAUGGGUGAUUCUGUGUUAGUCAAAUCAGAUAUAUGUUAUACGGUUGGUGAUAGCCUUUACAAUACAUUACAGAACACAUUUUUGUUUUGUUUUAUUUCUAACGCGGAUUUCUUGUUAAAUACUGACUGUCCCAAUCUGCGUUACUCAAAAGUGUUUGUUUUUUUAAAACCUUUUUUUACUCUACAAUGCUAGUUCAUUUAUUUCAAGACAUUUAGUAUGUCCAGCAGCAUACAAAAGAGUCCCCCCUCCCCUCCUAUUCCAAUGCUAUUCUGACCUAGACUGGGUAAAGAAAACAGUAGUGAGUGUAGCGUUCAGUCUAAUGUAACCAGGUUCAUUCAGACCUACGUCUGUUAUAGUACGUGUACUAUGUGAUUGUUUUUACUGUAACUUCUAGUCAUGUCAUCGUGUUUGACCUUUCACCUGAAGAUUUAACUUUUAAACCUUUGACCUUUGGCAUGAAUCCACAACAACAUUAUCAAACUUCCACGAUACUAUUGCAAGUAACGUCCUCCUAGGUUUCCUCCCGACUUGCACACCAACAACAAAUACAUUUGUGUAACUGUAAUUGUUUUGCUCCUGCCCAUCUCAAGGAGAAAUAAUGUUAGUGUAUUAUUUUCACUUUAUGACAAUGGUAAUAGAAUUACCUCACGUUGUUGUUACUGAUUUCCAAAUCAGUAUAUUCAAAAUGAGUCGCGACCAAUGACAAAAGAGCCUUUUUAAUCCUUGAUAUUAUCAAUAACUAUGGUAAAUGUAUUUCAACUUUAGUUUUUUUGUCCUGGUUGCAAUAUUUUAUUUAUUUGUUUGAGCCUUACUGGCUCUUUAAAAAGUAUUCACAAAUAAACGUUUUUUCUGUCAGUAUUUUAUUCACUGCAUAGGACACUGAAUAUGCAAACAUACCAUGUACAUUUCCCAUCCAAAGAUUUUAAGAGUAAAUAUAUAAAAAGUUAAUAUAAUGUAAUACCUGUUUUACUUGGUAAUAAAGAAUUGGAGAAUA